AUGUCCUUCGAAUUGAAAGAGAAGGGCAAUCAGCUCUACAAGGCGGGUGACUACACCGGGGCGGAGGAGAUGUUUUCCCAAGCGAUUCAAAAAAAUCCGUCAGAACCUACAUUCUUCUCCAACCGGGCUAUCACCCGCAUCCGCCUCGAGAACUGGGCUGGUGUCGAGCAAGACGCGCGCGCGGCGAUCGAGCUGUACGGCCCGAAGAACCCUACCAGCCUGAAGAGUCGAUACUAUCUGGCACAGGCACUGCUGGGGCUGCAGCGGCCGCAGGAGGCGCAUGAGGUCGCGAUCGAGGCGUAUCAGGCGAGUCUGGCGGCCAGGAAUGCGCAGUCGGAGAAUCUGUCCAAGACGGUGUUGCGCGCGAAGCAGCAGAUCUGGGCGGCCAAGGAGGCAGCACGUGUGCGCGAGAUGAACGGGACCCUGGCGAACGUGGAACGGUUGAUUGAGGCGGAUCUGCAGAGAGAAUUGGAUGACCUCCAGGGACAGUUGGACCGCGGGGAGAUCGGCCAGAUUGGGUUCGUGGAGGAUCAGAAGGCACUCCGGGAGGAUGCGGACAAGACGCUCCAGGUGGUACGGGAGACAUUUGCCAUUGCGUCGAAGGGAGAGGUUCAAGAAAGGGUCGUACCCGAUUAUCUUAUCGACCCGAUCACGUUCGAGAUCAUGCACGAUCCGGUGAUCACCCCGUCGGGGACCAGCUUCGAGCGCGUCGCGAUCACUAAGUAUGUGGAACAAUCCAAGGCCGACCCGAUCACGCGUAUACCCAUGACGGUGGAUGACCUCCGGCCCAAUUAUGCGCUGAAAGGGGUAUGUGAGGAGUUUUUAAACAAGAAUGGAUGGGCGGUCGAUUGGUAG